GCUAAGGGGAGAUCACUGCGUAGGUUCAAGGGAGAAUUGGUUAUUCUAUGUUUAGAACAUAACGAAAUUACCAUAAUUUGUGUGACGAACCGACAGUGAAGUACAUUCAUUUUUUUUGUCAGUGUUCGAAUUAAAAAAAAAAUAAGCAACUACGAUUUUGGUACGGGAACUGUACUGUACAGUAUCCAAACAAAAACCCACAAAUCUUGGACGUUCGGAUUCGGCGCCCUUCGGAUUAUAAAAAUCUGGAAACCCAAUGUCUAAUUUUAGCCUGGAAUUGGAAUUCCAAGUUCAUAAAGAUGCUUAAGAUGGCGACGUUCAUACCGGUUAAUCUAUUUCUUUUACAUUAUUUUGUUUUUUCUGUGUACAGCUACUCCGAAACUGCAACAUUGAAUGUUUCUGCUUCAGUUGUUAGAAUUGGUGAUAAUGUUACCUUUGAAUGUAUCUCACCACAAGGCUACACUGGGGCUGACUAUGCAUCAAUCACAUUCAAACUUUUACAUAACAAUACAGAUCUUUUUGGCAAUGAGGAAGCAAAAUCAAUAAGGGGGGACUAUUCUAUUAACUGGUAUACAAUAGAAAUAUCUGGUCAACAACAUGCGGGUAACUACACAUGCAUCAUUACAACCACUGGCCCUGAUAAAACUGUGAGUGCUGGAGCUUUUCUCAAAGUUAUAACAGAUACUGAUAAAGAUGUAGGGUCUAGAGGUGGAGGUAAAACAGAAUCAUCAUCAGAAGACAAAUAUGCCUUAAUAGUACUAGUAAUUUUACCGAUUGGUGCUCUUGUAGCAGCUUUUCUAAUACACAAAGAAAUUAAAAGAAGAUGCCAAGCAAACAGAGAGGGCAAUGGACAAAGAAUAAAGGAUAAGGAACAAACAAAGAAUGAUGGACAAUCAAACUCAGGUGAAGAAACUUUGAAAUUAGAUAAAAAAGAGACAAAUGGUGGUGAUGAUUCGAUUCCUGGACAAAUUGAUGAUAAAGUAAAUGAAUCAACUCAAGGGUUACUGAAAGAUGAGCACCAAGAAAAUGGUGUCUGAGUGAUUAUUGAACAUUUGGAUAGUUGCCUCAAUAUAUUGACUUAAUCAUGUAUAGUCAAAUCAGUGCAUUUGCAGACUCUUUGUUUAUAAAUAAUUAAAUUUGGCAUUGAAAAUUGACAACUUCGUUAAGAACCUUAAAAGCAUCUUUCUUAUUAAAAACAAGUCUUGUUAACUGCUAAACAGCUUGUAAUUUAAGUUUUUCACAUGAAAUUUUGAUUGAUAGCUGCAUAUAGUUUGCAUAUAAUGAUUCCAUCCAUUGUUACCAUUGUUAAUUGACUUUAACAACAUCUUAUCAUUGGGAUCUAGUCGGAAUUUCAUAAUGGCAUGGAAAGUCAUGUUGCUCUAUUAUAGCUAUUUAAUUGGUAUAUUUUAACAUUCUGGACACAUCUUGUAACUUAGAUACAAUUUCAAAAUUAAAAUUUUAAAAACUUUUCCCCUUUAUCAUUGAUAAGCCUACCUUGCAUGGUUCUCUGCCCUUGGUGAGGAUAUGAGGUCCGUGAGACUAAAGUCACCAGGACUUAAAAUAUAUUUUUCUUUAACAUAUAUCAUACUGUAGAAUUAUGCUCAGUGUCACUGUCCUAUCAGAUAGAAGUUAUUUGCAGUCUUUGUGCAAGUUAGCACUUUAAAAAUUUGAUUCUUUUGUGCCAAAUGUUCAUUCAUUGAUUACUGUCUCAAUAGACAGCAUUAAUAAAUUCAGAAACCAAAUACAUGUAAUGUCAAAUUUUUAUAUAAAAAAAUAUUUCAAAUUAAUUUUCUAUCAAUUAAACAAAGAAAUUUUUAAGCAUUAAAAAUUUUAAAAUAAUUUCAUAAGCUUCCCACCGUGUUAUUUUUGAAGUGAUGAAAGCUAUUUAAUUGUUCUGGUCACUUUAUCUAUUUUGCCUGUUGUAAUAUCAAUAUAUUUUGAUUUUUUAUAAAGAUUUGAUUGUGAUUUAUACAUUGUAAUGAAUUGCAUUUAUCAUGCAUGUAUUUUUACCAUUGUCCAGUACAUUAAUUUUUUGUAUAGUGAAAUUUUGUAUGUGUGACUUACAAGAGAGUAUGGAGAUCAAUUACAGUAGAUCCUUAAAUGAUUUAUUUUUUAAUUUUGUACAACUUUUGUUAGAUCAUAUCACUUUUUUAUGUUUAUAGCUGAUUUAUAUGUCUAAAUUUUAAAUCUGUAGUUUGUUGAAACAAUUUUUUAAAUACAUUUGUUAUGUGCAGUAGGAGUUUGAAUAUUUACAUUAAUUACUGCUAACUAUAUUUUUUACAUCUAUGCAAUGUAUGCAUAAAAGAUGAGAAAAACAACACCAAAAAAACAGAAAUAACAUUUGCUAAAAAUAAUAAGAUCAUUCAUCAUCCCUAUUUAUUUUUACAUUUUAUAUCAACAAGAUUUAACUGGAGCCUCUGUUUUCCUUCACAUGAAUGUCUUGUAUAUUUGCAUCUGCUGUAUGUGAUGACACUUUUUGAGAUCUCCUUUCUUCCCCCAUCAGUGUCCAUUUUUACCCCGCUACUUUUUCCCAAUUUUCUUGCUUUUACAUGGUAUCCUUAUCCCAUUAAUUUCCAUAUCAGCCCUUUUUAUUAAUUAAGUGUCCCUCUAUUAUAUGUGAUAAUUGUUGUGCUUUUACCCAGUUUUUCUGAUGGAAUGUCUUGCCAGUGUGAUUGUGUCAUGUCAGCGCUUACAUUCUGUAAAUGUCACCUUCCUUAUCAGCUCUGUUCUCUUGUUUGUAAAAUUGGCUAGUCAUGCUUUGAACUUUUUACCGUGCAUUAUUUGUGAAGGCAUUUGAUGUCAAUAUACUAAGAGUAUGUAUAAUAUUGGAUCAGACUGCGUAAUGAAAGCAGGUUUUUUCUCUACACAGAUGGGCAUUUAAGCAAGUCAGUUUUGAUCUACAUGUAUUACUGAAGAGUUAUCAUUUUUACUGAAUUAUGAAAGGUUGAUUCAGAAACUUCUUUCUCAAAAUUAUUUAAUUAAAUGUAUAAUUUUCUUU